UCCACAACCACACGCACCCUCACACUGAGACAGACAGGAAAAGAGAAAGAAAAGAAAAGAGGAAAGACGGAGAGCGUGUCUUGGACGGGGUGCAGUGAGGCACAAGCCAUCCAGAAGAAAAUGACAGAACAGCAGGGAAACCCAGACCAGCUGCCUGUAGAGAAGGGCCAACAAGGAGGAGGAUCUGGAGCCAAAUAUAAGCUGGCAGUUUUUGAGUACGAGAACUUUUGUGGAAAAAAGGUGGAGCUGUCUGGCGAAUGCAAAGAUGUGCUGGAGAUGACGCAGAGAGUCGCCUCGGUCAUUGUGGAGUCAGGCCCAUGGGUGGGGUUUGACCUGCCAGGUUUUGCGGGGGAGCAGUUUGUGCUUGAGAAGGGAGAGUACCCUCGCUGGAGCACCUGGACCAACCAGCAGAGCAGCUACAAUCUCAGCUCCUUCAGGCCUCUGAAAGUGGAUGGUGCAGAUCACAAGCUGCACCUGUUUGAGAAUACAGGCUUUGCCGGCAGAAAGAUGGAGAUUGUAGAUGAAGAUGUCCCCAGUCUGUGGGCUCAUGGUUUCCAGGACCGCGUGGCCAGUGCUAAGGCUAUCAGUGGAACGUGGGUGGGGUACACGUAUCCAGGUUACAGAGGACACCAGUAUGUGUUUGAGCAUGGAGAAUUCAAGCACUGGAACAAUUGGGGAGCCGCUGCACCUCAGAUCCAGUCCGUCCGACGUGUGCGGGACAUGCAGUGGCAUAAGACAGGGUGCUAUAUUGCUCCUGCACCUACCCCCGCCCCAGCCCCUGCCCCAGCUCCAGCUCCAGGUCCUGCUCCAGCUCCAGCUCCAGCUCCAGCUCCAGCCCCAGAUCCAGCUCCAGGUCCUACACCGCCCAAUCCUAAUCCUAACCCUGCUCCCAAAUCCAAAACCCAGCCCCAGCCUUAACGCCACACCUCUACCACCUCCCACAGCAGAUGGGGAACGCUGAAGGAAGCUGGCCUCCACGCUCCUUUUCAGUUUCAGCUAUCUGACCAUGCAGUUUAUGAAAAUUUGAACUGAAGAUAAA